AUGUCCCGCCGAAAGCCCAAUCUGACGUUGGCCGGUCCAGAAACAACGUUGCAAGUUCUUGAUAUGGGAUUGGACUUCCGCUCCUAUCUAUCGCGUGUAGACGAUGCUGGCCUCCCUGUGCUAGGCAAUGUAAUCUCUUAUGAGGCUAGCAAGAUACCUGAUGUUUUUGAGCCUACGGUAGGAUUACUUGUAACGAUUUUGCACAUGUAUGCACAAAGCACAACCACGGCGUCUGCUUUUGUUUGGCUUCAGACUUAUGAGGCUAUUCAAAAGGUAUACUUGGAUCAUGUAGAUCAGGAAAGUCAGGAGUCCGCAAGGUAUGCUAAUGAGGCGCGCAUGGCUGUAUUAAACCAUUUGUCCAAUGGUAUGGUGGUUGACAAUAGCGGUCUUUGCGAAAAACUACUGCUUCUUCUUGAUCAACAAAGUGGUAUUCGCGGUGCACAGGCACCAUCUCAAAGAAAAAUCCCAAGAGAACCAAAAGGUGCGUUUUGCAACCUUCAUUUAGCGGAUCAAAAGUGUUAUCAGGAUUUUGCCUGUAAUCAGUUGCAUCUUCAUGAGGUAGGCCCUGUCAGGCAUCGGAUUAAUUUUUUUAUGAGAUUGAUUGAAGUUCUAAAAGCUGAAAAAAGGCCCAAGAUGCAAAUACUACACCGAAUAAAGGAUUCUAUUUUUUUGCCCGUUAUGGAAACAAAGUAA